UUCUUAAAUUCAGUUCGCAGGAUUUACUUCAACCCUGCAAGAGUUUUUAAACUUCUACAGUUCUUUUCCAUGUAGUCCACAUAUUUACUCCAGUCUUUUAGGAACUUUGUUUCCCCCUGGUUCCGGAUCCCGCUCGUAAGUCUCGCUAAUUCAGCAUAGUCUAUCAUUUUUGUCUGCCAUCCUCACACAAUACAUCAUAAAUCUCAGCAGCAUUCAAGGUCAUCCCAGAUAACCCACCUGCCUUUAGACUCUAAAGUUUGGUUUGUUACAAGGAACAGAACCUUCUCAGUAGUUCCCACUUUACUGUUGGGUGUGCUAUCAUGAUACCCACUUCUCUCUGAGCUUUCAUGUGAUGGUUGUGGCUUCUUUGGCAAGCUUUUCUUACUGUAUGCCACUUUUAGAUAAUUAUGAUGUUUUUAUUGUGGUGAUCUUGUAAAUGUUUUGUGUGGCUGUAAAGUGAGAUGUAACUUCUUGAUUUUUUAAAUAAAAUUGUCACAGGUUUUUAACAAGGAUAAAAGCCACAUAACUUCUGGAGUGAAUACAAAGAUCAAAUGGAGUUGGGUGCUUAGUUGAUGGUUCCAGUGUUUGGCACAGAUGGAUAAAUGCUGCAGUCAUAUUUUCAUGAUCCUUUUAUACAACCACCUGAAGCAUUUUUUUUUGAAAAACAAAUUCUUGCUACUUAAAGGUGCAUGUUGGAGACAGUUCUUGGCCCACUGACUGGCAAGAUUAUUUGGUCUUGGAAGUAAAAGCUGUACCAAAUGGACAAUAUGUCUAUUACUAACACACCAACAAGUAAUGAUGCGUGUCUGAGCAUUGUUCAUAGUUUGAUGUGCCAUCGACAAGGAGGGGAGAGUGAAACAUUUGCAAAACGAGCAAUUGAAAGCUUAGUAAAGAAACUGAAGGAGAAAAAAGAUGAAUUGGAUUCUUUGAUUACAGCUAUAACUACAAAUGGAGCUCAUCCUAGCAAGUGUGUUACAAUUCAGAGAACAUUGGAUGGAAGACUUCAGGUGGCUGGUCGUAAGGGUUUUCCUCAUGUAAUUUAUGCACGGCUAUGGAGGUGGCCUGAUCUUCACAAAAAUGAACUCAAACAUGUCAAAUAUUGUCAGUAUGCUUUUGACUUGAAGUGUGAUAGUGUCUGCGUGAAUCCAUAUCAUUAUGAGCGUGUUGUAUCACCCGGCAUUGAUCUUUCAGGAUUGACACUGCAGAGUUCAGCACCCUCAAGCAUGUUGGUGAAAGAUGAAUAUGUUCAUGAAUUUGAGGGGCAGACAUCGCUGUCAACUGCUGAAGGCCAUUCAGUUCAGACUAUCCAACAUCCGCCUAGUAACAGGGCAUCUACUGAAACCUACAGCACCCCAGCCAUGUUAGCUCCUUCUGAGUCUAGCACUACCAGCACCACCAACUUUCCCAACAUUCCUGUCGCUUCCACAAGUCAACCCCCCAGUAUGCUGCCAGGUGGCCACAGUGAUGGACUUUUGCAGAUUGCUUCAGGGCCUCAGCCAGGGACACAGCAGAAUGGCUUUACAGGUCAGCCAGCUACUUACCACCACAACAGUACAACAACUUGGACUGGGAGUCGAACUGCCGCCUACACACCCACCAUCCCUCACCAUCAGAAUGGACAUCUUCAGCAUCAUCCGCCUAUGCCCCAUCCUGGACAUUACUGGCCAGUUCAUAAUGAACUUGCAUUCCAGCCACCUAUAUCAAACCACCCUGCUCCAGAGUACUGGUGUUCAAUUGCCUAUUUUGAGAUGGAUGUCCAAGUUGGCGAGACAUUUAAAGUACCUUCAAGCUGCCCAAUUGUUACAGUUGAUGGAUAUGUGGACCCUUCAGGUGGAGAUCGCUUUUGCCUCGGUCAGCUCUCCAACGUUCAUAGAACAGAAGCCAUUGAGAGAGCGAGGUUGCAUAUAGGCAAAGGUGUGCAGCUGGAAUGCAAAGGUGAAGGUGACGUGUGGGUUCGGUGCCUCAGUGAUCAUGCGGUCUUUGUUCAGAGUUACUACCUAGAUCGGGAAGCAGGGCGUGCACCAGGCGAUGCAGUCCACAAAAUUUAUCCAAGUGCAUAUAUAAAGGUGUUCGAUUUGCGUCAGUGUCACCGUCAGAUGCAACAGCAGGCUGCUACAGCACAGGCUGCAGCUGCUGCUCAAGCUGCUGCAGUUGCAGGAAAUAUUCCUGGGCCUGGAUCUGUAGGAGGAAUCGCUCCAGCCAUCAGUUUGUCAGCUGCAGCUGGAAUUGGCGUGGAUGACCUUCGCCGCCUGUGCAUCCUCAGGAUGAGCUUUGUCAAAGGUUGGGGACCUGAUUACCCGAGGCAGAGCAUUAAGGAGACGCCGUGUUGGAUCGAAAUUCACCUGCAUCGGGCCCUGCAGCUCCUAGACGAAGUUCUUCAUACCAUGCCUAUUGCAGACCCCCAGCCCCUAGACUGAGACCUUGCGGCUGUUCUUAGUUGUUAUAGAGUGAGGAUGGCGGAUUGUAAAAUACAAUUUUAUUAACCGGAAGAUAUAUUUUGCUUCCGUUCUGCUUAAUCUUUUAACCAGGUUUCAAAGAGAAAAUGUGUUUGCCACCUUGCUCUCAGCAGAAAAAAUAAAUAAAUCAGAACCUGCAGGAACUCUGAAUGGUUUCACACCUUCGGGCUUAUUCUGUAGUUGUGGGAAGCUGACGCCAAGCAACAAAGUUUUGAUUGUGGUCUUGGCGUGAUCACUGCUGUGCUUAGGAAAUCUCACUUGGCUUGAUUGAGGACCCCCCCCCUCCCUGCUUCAUUCUCGUGACGGCAUGGAUUUUUUGGGGGGGGGGGGCUCCACUUAAGCACUUCUUCAGCCUGCCCCUUAGCUGGAUCCACCCCAAAUGAGCAAAAUCAUGUUGAUUAUUCUAAAGGGAUGGUUUCUGGUGCUGCACUCUGCUACAGCACUGGGGCAUGUCUCAUAGCAAGGCUCUGUAUGUGAAAUAUUUAUGUACACAUAAUCAUUUGAAACACACUAGAAACGGAUGAGCUUCGAAGCUGGCACUAAAUGUAAAUGCAACAUAAAAUAUUCAGCAAGGAGAACUGCCAGCUAAAUUAUGUAACCAGUGUGCAAUGAUACAUAUUUUCAUUACUAUUCCCAACUGAUUUCCGCUACAGUGAAAAGGCUGUAAACCUGGACAGUUGAGAUAGCAUUAAUAUGUGUUUUACUGCACUUGGCGUGCCAUCUCAAAACCUCGUAAUCCUGUUGAUGGUUGCAUCGCCGAGAAUCCAGAUUAUAUAUAUUUUUUAACAUUUCUACUCAGGGCAAGAUGGCAAACUUGUUUUUAUACCUCUUGGUUAUUUUAAGCUCUUUAUCCCAUCAAUGAUUUUAUCUAUUUGCAUUGACUUUGUAUAGAGAAUUUCAGGUAGGAGUUGCAAAUGUAUUGGCUGUAUGACAGAUGAAAUAUUAUGCUUUCUCUAGUUAAUAAAACUACUGGAAAAAACUCUCAGAACUCUGAUAGAAAUUUAUCUACAGUUUUCGUAAGUAUUUUCCUACAUUUUGAAUCCUUUCAUCUGGAGUCCUGGAUAAGGUUUCUGCCUGAAAAUUCUGCAGGAAGCAAUGCGAGGGUUUCUCUCCACUUUUUGGCUUGCUUUCAACCCCUGUGGUGUCAGCUGUCUUUCCCCUUUACGUAGAUCCAGUAUUAUAAGAACAAACGGUGGCAGGAAUGGACACUGGCAGUUCCCAUAGCUAGCAGGCAUACAGAACAGUCAGGAGCACAUUUGGCCUGCAGCAUCUCUCCCCUAUGGCCAGCCCAGCUUCUGAUAUCUGAGUCUCCUGCCUGUAUUAGUCUCCCUCCUCAACUCAACCGGACUUAUUUUCUGCCUCGCCCUCCAGUUUUCUAUGAAACCAAAGCAUUAUAAAACUUUUGCUCAGGCUUCCUCAAACUCGGCCCUCCAGAUGUUUUUGGCCUACAACGCCCAUGAUCCCUAGCUAGCAGGACCAGUGGUCAGGGAUAAUGGGAACUGUAGUCUCAAAACAUCUGGAGGGCCAAGGUUGAGGAAGCCUGCUUUUGAUCAUCUGAAAAGGUGUCCUGAUUAAUCAGGCAACUUUUUAUUUUAUUUUUAAAGAUAAUCAUUUUCAGUAGAAGUACGUACAUAAAACUAGGUGGCAACCUCCAAUUUAGUGGAAGCAUCUUCUCCCCUGCUGCCUGAAAAAGGAGUGCUCUGUAAGAUGGUGCCUGUUUUUAUAAUCUAAAGACAAAGCAUGGUUUUUCUUCAAAACUAUGUCAUUCCUAUGCAAAUGUAUGCAGACCUAAUUGAGUAAUCUAUUAAAAGCCAUACAAUUAAUCAACGAAAGAGUUCUUUAAAUGAGCGACAGCCCCAAUGGAAGUUCAGUAAUAUUAUGUACAGUGGUACCUUGACUUACAAACGACUCGGCAACCAGAUUUUUCGACUUACGAAUGGGGGUAAUGGCCGCGUGCUUAUGAAUGUCUCGACAUCCGGAAAAAAACCAUGGCGGUUUUAGAUAGGGAUUUUUCGACUUUUUAGAUAGGGUUGCUUCGACUUACGAAUUUUUCCGUUUUCAAUGCAUUCCUAUGGGAAAUCACGUUUCCAAUGGCGUUUUUCGACUUACGAAUUUUUCAACUUACGAAGGUGCCUUCGGAACGGAUUAAAUUCAUAAGUCGAGGCACCACUGUACUCAGCAUUUUUUAUUCUUCAUGUAGAAUUUCUUCCCUGCCCCCAUGCUUAAGCAAAAAAAUACGGCUUUGCAUCUUGUGGGUGGGGUGUGGGUGUUUGAAACUGUGCAAUUCCUGGAAGAGAAUUUUUUGCCCUGCUCUUCAAUGUUGAACUGAAACACAGGGGCUGCUCUAAAGCAGGCUCAGCAGAAUGGUUAACCCGGCCCCAAAUGUAGCCUCUGAAUGAGUUAGUCAUCAGUGUAGGGCCUGACAAGCACACCGGGGCAUCAGAAUGGAGGGCAGCUGGAACCCAAUGUGUGCUAGAGCUUUUCCAAGUCUGUAAAUAGUGCAAGAAGCAUCAACGCAGUCAGACAGGUUUUCCUAGGCGAGUCUCACUUCAGAGAUGCAAAUGUACCAGUUGCCUUGGCUUUCUUUCAAAAAAAAGGAAAAG